UGAAAAUCAGCUUUCACUGACUGGUAGGAUUCAAUCCCCCCCGAUUUCAACUUUCGUUCAUCGGGGUUCCCAUCUGCUGAAGAAUUAUGUCAGCCCCUGGUGCAGAAGGUGCCGGUGCCUCAGGCAUGGCUGGAAGCAACCGCAGGCUCCAGCAGACACAGGCUCAGGUGGAUGAGGUGGUGGACAUCAUGCGAGUCAACGUGGACAAGGUCCUGGAGCGAGACCAGAAACUGUCAGAACUGGAUGACAGGGCUGAUGCUCUUCAGGCUGGAGCCUCUCAGUUUGAGACGAGUGCUGCCAAACUGAAGAGGAAGUAUUGGUGGAAGAACAUUAAGAUGUGGGCCAUUUUGAUAGCUGUAAUUGUGAUCAUCAUUGUCAUCAUUAUCAUUUGGAGUCAGUCGUAAAACAGGAGCCAAGCAUAAGAAUGACAUGAUGAUGGGAUUGAGGAGUAAUUAAUGAAGGAGCGUGGACUGAGGAUAAGAGAGCGAGAGAGAGAAAGAUCUUUUGAAAUGAAAUAAUUCUAACCUGCUGAGUUUAAGAAGCAUAUUUUGUAAACUAUCCUGAACAUUUUCCUUUUUUUUUUUUUUAUUUUCUGUUUUUAAUGAUUGUGAUUUCAUUGUGGCCACACAGGCUAAGACAAGUGCUUGUAUGUUUAACUCUAUCUCCUGCCUUUAUUUACUGUUAAAUCUUGAUUUGUGUUCCAAGUUGACACUCCUCUUGUAUACAUACCACAGAGCAUAAACUUUUUUGUCAGUCAUUUUAAAUAAUUCACCUUGGUUUAAAAAGAAAAGUGUCUCCACCAACUAGCAUUCAAACUUAUCACAAGUCACCUUUUAACUACAUAUUGAGUAGUAAUUGAAACACAGAAACAUGCAAAAACAGAAUAGCUAUGUUGCACUUUUAUCAUAUUGGCCUCAUCUUUGAAAGGUUAAAAGAUUAUUGAAAAUACCUCCAUAAUAUGUUGAUUUGGAAGCAAAAGCACCAGGAGACACAUGCCUAUAACUUUUAAAACAGUAAUGUUUCACAUCUUAAAGGCAUGUAAAACAGUGAUGUUGCCUUACAUUCUGUGUAGCCCUGGACAUUUGUCAGUGCCAGUACAAGUUACAACCAUACUGCCAUUUAAAGAUAUCUCCAAAACAGUAACCUUAAUAUGUGCCAUUAGACACCAGUAGUGCCUUUUAAAGCCAAUUGGCCGCUCUGAUUCACACAGCAGUUUUUGGAACAGUCAGUUGAAGCGUUGUCACCUACCAGCUGGAACUGUACAUGAGAUAAAUUUCCAAAUUGGUAAAGUAGUGGUAUUCAUUUAAUAGAGCAAUGUUCUUUGUGUAAAAAUAAAUUGACAAGAAUCAUCCUUUCUUUACUAAUAUCUGCAAACCUCAACUCAAGUUUUACAUAUUGAGAGCAUUUUUUUCACACAUGGUGUUCCAGGUGCCAAAGCAGAUGACCCAUGUUUGUUUUCUGUGCCUUA